CAUCAAUCUCGCGCUGCGCUGCGAAUGAGUUUGGACGGGUGAGUGAAGUUCAAACCACCACCUCCUCCGACGCCAUGGACGCCGCCCUCGAGUUUCUCGACCCGCUGGUCUUUGACCAGAUGUAUGCCUACCUUGUCCCCGCCAGGACGUCCUCCGUCAACAACGGGUCGGCGCACGGCGCGCUGGACUACAGCGGCUUCGCCUCCGGCUUGUCCGAUGCAUCCGCCAGCCACGGCUCCGCAUGGGCGCGCGACAACAUCGUGCGCCAGUGCAUCUCCAUUCUCAUCAUCACCCAGAUUGGCGCCACCGCGCUCUACUGGAUCUUCAGCGCGCUGUCGUACUACUUGGUCUUCGACAGGAGGCUGGAGUACCAUCCGCGCUUUCUCAAAAACCAGAUUCGCCAAGAGAUCAUCUCGUCCAUGAGCGCCGUGCCAUUUAUCAACAUCCUCACGCUGCCCUGGUUCCUCGGCGAGGUGCGCGGCUACAGUCUCCUGUAUGACAAGGUCAGCGACUAUGGCUGGUCGUGGAUGUUCAUCUCGACGGUGCUGUUCAUGAUCUGGAACGAUUUCACGAUAUACUGGAUUCACCGCCUCGAGCAUCACCCCCGGGUCUACAAGUACAUCCACAAGCCGCAUCACAAGUGGAUCAUCCCGACGCCCUGGGCCGCCCUUGCCUUCCACCCACUGGACGGCUACGUCCAGUCGCUGCCCUACCAUGUCUUUGUUUUUAUCUGCCCCGUCCAGAAGUACCUCUACAUGGUUCUCUUCGGGCUGGUGCAGAUCUGGACCAUUCUGAUCCACGACGGCGACAUGAUCUCGGGCCACUGGCUCGAGAAGUACAUCAACAGCCCUGCCCACCACACGCUGCAUCACAUGUACUUCACCGUCAACUACGGCCAGUACUUCACCUGGGCCGACAGCUACUUCAACUCGCACCGCCCGCCUCAGCCUGAGCUCGACCCACUGCACGAGGCCCUGCGCGUCAUGCGCGAGAAGGGGCUCGUCGACGAGAAGGGUGAGCCGAUCCCAAAGAAUGGCAAGGGGGCCAAGGGGGCCAAAGGCGCCAAGGAUGAGUAACGGAGCGGCGCAGCGUUGACGGAGCGAGUAUGGCUGGUACGACAACGCGAUAAGAACUUGAUGGGUAGAACUUGGAAGAGUUAUGGUAAGACCCGGCGGUUCGAUUUUCUCUAUGCGGGAGAACCUCCCGGCGCAUGUGUUAGAAUAUUGGGAGGACGCACUGUUUAUGGCGCUAUGAGCACCUGUGGGCCUUGGACAUAGGUAUAUAUAUGCCUGCUCGAAGACUCAGUUCUGAGUUUCCAAAAGAGCAUCGUUAGACCGCUUGCCGCGCGCAGCACGCUUGGUGGUCUUUUAAUGUAUAGACUUUUAAUUCAGAUGAAGUCCGUUAUGAC